CUUGAAGGCAGCACAAGUGCAUUCACGCACCUACUGUCAAUUCCAGGGGAGAAAAUGAUGAAAACUUCUAGCAAGUCAAAAACGCUGUUAUCUGCUUGCAGUUACAGGUGAUGCUAAAGAUAUGACAGCAGGUCAAACCUCAGCGUCUGUAUAUAGGACAUCUUGAAAUAUGUGCAGAUUUUAAGGCACUCUGCUUUUCCUGUUGUAAUCAACUCAAACUGGAAGCAGACUGCAGAAACGUUUAAGCAUGUUUCACCUGAUUAAGAAAGACAAGGAGAAGGAGAAGGACUUUGGCAAGAACAAGGAGAAGAAAGACAAGAAGGAGAAGAAGGAGCGAAUGUCCCAAGCGGAGUUAAAGAGCCUGGAGGAAAUGAGCAUACGUCGAGGCUUCUUUAAUAUGAAUCGAGGGAGCGCUAAAAGGGACUCUAGGAGACAAUUGGAGAUCUCUGGUCCUAUACCGAUUAAAGUGGCUAGCAAUAUGGAGCUGAACCUGACAGACUUGGAGCUUGAUGGGGUUCACAGCACUCAGGAGCAAGAUGUGGAGCAAAUAAAUGCCUGUACCUCUGGAGAAAACGUAAAGGGGAAUGAAGAGGAACAUAUGCGGAGUUCAGUGAAGGAAAGAGCAGCUAGGUUUGGGGAAUUGGCCAAGUUGAAUCCGGUGGCAGGCCAAAGGCAUGUGUCUUUUCCCCAGAAGAUCAGAGAGGACCAUCGCCCUGUGCAGAACAGGAGUGCAACUUCUUUGAAGACCAAAUUCAACCAAAAAGGCCCAUACGUGGUUCACAUCCCACAGCUGGUGGAGAAGACCUUCCCUGGUGUAGACCUACAGUUGCCCAUGCUUGUUGCUCCACCAGUUCCAGAUCCAAGAGAGCUGGAGCUACAGCGGCGAAACACUGGGGAUUUUGGCUUCUCUUUGCGGAGGACCACCAUGCUGGAGAGGACACCCGACGGUGAAGUGUGUCGUCGCGUGGUGCACUUUGCUGAACCGGGUGCUGGCACCAAGGACAGGGCUCUGGGCCUGGCGCCAGGAGACAGACUUGUGGAGAUCAAUGGGAUCAAUGUUGAGAACAAGAGCCGGGAUGAGAUUGUGGAGAUGAUCCGUCAGUCUGGAGAGAUCGUCCGACUAAAGGUACAGACCAUCCAGGAGCUGAGUGAGCUGAACCGCAGUUGGCUGAGGACCACGCAGCGCCUGCAGAGAGAAGGUUUUGAUGUUAAAGUUGAGAAGCCAGAUUCUGAUGUAGAUAGUACUCAGCCUCAAGCAGUCUCUGAGCCAGGACUAGACACAGGAAGUGGUCAUCAGUCAACUGCAUCCACAGCUGAAGAGUCAAAUAGUAACGGUGCCAUGGGCGGUCCUGACAAUCCAAGAGAGGAUCAGGGCGCUAAGAAGGUGGUGAGGGUUGUGAGAAGAGUUGUAAGACGUGUGGUUCCUUCUGGGACAGAAGAGACAGUCCGACCUGCUGUAUCUGAGUCUACCAGGGCGACCCCCGCUGCAGACUCCUCGCUCAAAACCACCAAAACUGGCAGGGAAGACAAGGAUGAUAUCUCCUUUGGAUUGACAAGUUUAAUGGGCAGAAGUAGAACCAAGGAGCAUCGACCUCGAACGCGUAACCAGGACCGCAAAGAGGACACACCAGAAGAUGUGAAGCAGGAGGAGGAGAAAGGAAAUGUGGAGGAAGAGGAGGAGGAACCCACCAUGAGUAAAUCAGAGGAAGCUGCAGCCACAUCUGCACCCACGACUUCACCACCAAAGUCUAACCCUCUCACCCCUCCUGCCGGGUUCAUCCCAGCUCCCAAACCUGACCCUUUAGCCCCGCCUGCCGGUUUCAUCCCUGCCCCCAAACAGAACCUGCUAUCCCCUCCACCUGGUUUCCUACCUGCAAGAAAACCCAGCCCUGUUCCCCCUAAACAGAAUCCACUUGCAAGACCUCCAGGAUUCAUCCCUGUGGCAAAGACGGAUCCUCUGGCUCCUCCUGCAGGGUUCAUCCCAAAGCCACGUCAAGUCCCUGUGAAGAAACCGGAGGUAAAGGAGACAUCUUGUCCCCCUGUGGUCCCCAACGGUAAGCCAUCCCCUGUUGUACUCUCCCCGGCUCAGACUUCACCCAACGAACAGGUCCCAAAGCUGACUCCCACUGAGGAAGAUCACAAGCGUGUGAGGAGGAUCUUCACCGUGGAUGGCAGUCAUUCCAAGCCUGUCGAGGACCCUGUGGCCAUCCUUCAGGCAGCACACUCAGCUGCAGCUAAGGGAAAGACUGAGGAGCAGAUAACGGCAGAGAGGGCUUGGUACAACACUGAGAAAGUAUGGCUUGUCCACAAGGAUGGAUUCUCACUGGCGACCCUUCUGAAGACGCAGGCAGGCAGUCUGCCAGAGGGGAAGGUGAAAAUCCGCCUGGAGAGUGAUGGAUCUUUAUUAGACGUGGAUGAAGAUGAUGUAGAGAAGGCAAACCCUCCGAUGUUUGACCGCGUGGAGGACCUGGCCUCUCUGCAGUAUUUGAAUGAGUCUAGUGUGAUGCACUCCCUGCGGCAGCGCUACGGCGGUAACCUGGUGCACACCCACAGCGGGCCAAACAUGGUGGUUAUUAACCCCAUUAGUGCCCCCUCCAUGUACUCUGAGAAGGUGAUGCAAAUGUUCAAAGGCUGCAGAAGAGAGGACGCUGCCCCUCAUAUUUACAGCAUGGCUCAGUCUGCCUACAGAAGCCUCCUGACCACGCAGCAGGAUCAGUCUGUGGUCCUGCUGGGAAAAAGUGGAAGUGGCAAGACCACCAACUGUCAACACAUCAUCCAGUACCUGAUCACAAUCGCUGGCAGUACGAACAAAUCCUUCUCAUCUGAGAAAUGGCAGGCAGUCUACUCAGUUUUAGAGGCCUUCGGGAAUGCCUCUACUUGUAUGAACGGGAAUGCUAGUCGCUUCUCCCAUAUUGUGUCCUUGGAUUUCGACCAGUCAGGCCUGGUGACAUCUGCCUCUAUCCAGACAAUGCUUCUGGAGAAGACGAGAGUGACAAGAAGACCAGACGGAGAGACCACUUUUAAUGUCUUCUACUACCUGAUGGCUGGAGUGGACAGCUCUCUGAGAACUGAGCUGCACCUUAACCACUUUGCUGAAAACCAUGCGUUUGGAGUCAUGCCUCAGACUAAGCCUGAGGAUAAGCAGCGGGCCUCCCAGCAGUUUUCUAAGCUGCAGGCAGCCAUGAGGGUUCUGGGGAUCAGCGGUGAUGAGCAGAGGGCCUUCUGGCUCGUCCUCGGGGCCAUCUACCAUCUGGGGGCUGCAGGAGCUACUAAGGCUGGCAGGAAACAAUUUGCACGUCAUGAGUGGGCCCAGAAGGCUGCCUACCUGCUGGGCUGCACCCUGGAGGAGCUCUCCUCCUCCAUCUUCAAGCACCAGGCCAAGGGCACCCUGCCCAGAGCCGGCUCCACGCGCCAGGCUUCUGACGAAAACGGCACAGCAGAUGCAGGAGCAAAGGUUACAGCUAUGGAAGGUUUGGAGGCCAUGGCAACUGGGCUUUACUCCGAACUCUUCACUAUCCUCAUUUCUUUAAUUAAUCGGGCCUUGAAAUCCAGCCAGCACUCCCUGUGCUCUCUGCUCAUCGUGGACACACCAGGCUUUCAAAACCCGCGGCUGGCUAAGCGAGAGUGCGGCGCGACCUUUGAGGACCUGUGCCAUAACUACACCCAAGAACGUCUGCACAGCCUCUUCUACCAGCGUACCUUCGUGCAGGAGCUGGAGAGAUACAAAGAGGAGAACAUCGAACUUGCUUUGGAUGACACAGAGCCCAGCUCUUCACUUUCUGUAGCGGUGGUAGACCAAGCCUCAAGCCAAGCUCUGGUACGAACAGUACGAACGGAUGAGGCACGGGGCCUGUUGUGGCUGAUGGAGGAGGAGGCGCUGCAGCCUGGAGGUUCAGAGGAGACCCUGUUGGGACGCCUCUUUAGCUACUACGGACCUGCUGAGGGCGAGAGUAAAGGUCACACUUUCCUCUUGAAGGGUGAAAAGGAUAAUCAUUUCCUGCUAGGCCACAGUCACGGGACUGACUGGGUGGAGUACAACGCCGGUGGGUGGCUGAACUACGCCAAGCAGAAUCCUGCCACCACCAACGCCGCAUUCCUCCUGCAGGACUCCCAAAAGAAGAUCAUCAGCUCACUGUUCAUGAGCAGAGCAGGUGGAGCCACAGCCCUGACAGGAUCCAUUGCAGGCCUUGAAGGAGUUUCCCAACUGUCCUUGCGGCGGGCCACCAGCAUGAGGAAGACCUUCACCACCGGAGUGGCUGCUAUGAAGAAGAAGUCUGUGUGCAUCCAGAUCAAGCUUCAAGUGGAUGCUCUCCUUGAUAUGGUUCGGAGGUCCAGGAUUCACUUUGUUCACUGCAUAUUGCCCAAGGCAGACGCCCUCAAGGCCCUGAGUGGAUCCCUGUUCAAAGCAGGGGAAUGUGAGGCUCAGGGGGAGACAGGAGAUCCUGGCUUAAUGCAGCUGGAUGUAGCCUUGCUCCGUGCUCAGCUCCGGGGCUCAAAGCUGCUUGAUGCUCUCCGGAUCUACAGGCAAGGUUACCCUGAUCACAUGGUGUUCUCUGAGUUUCGACGGCGCUUUGAUGUGCUGGCACCGCACCUUACCAAGAAACACGGGAGGAAUUACAUCGUGAAGGACGAGAAGAGAGCUGCAGAGGAGCUACUGGAGUCCUUGGAUUUGGAGAAGAGCAGCUACCACAUGGGCCUGAGUAGGUUGUUCUUCAGAGCGGGCACCUUGGCAAAGCUAGAGGAGCAGAGGGAUGAACAGACCAAGCGUAAUCUCACCCUGUUUCAAGCGACCUGCAGAGGCUACCUGGCACGGCAAGGCUUCAAGAAGAGAAAGGGAGUGUUACUACAUGAUAAUAAACAGAUUCAGGAUCUAGCAAUCCGCUGCAUCCAGAAAAACAUCACAAAGAACCGGGGCGUGAAGGACUGGCCAUGGUGGAAGCUCUUCUCCACAGUCCAGCCCCUCAUACAGGUCCAGCUCACCGAGGAACAGAUGCGAAACAAAGAUGAGGAGAUCCAGCAGCAGAAAGGGAAGUUGGAAAAGGUGGAGAAAGAGCGAAAUGAGCUGAGACUGACCACAGAUCGACUAGAGAGCAGGAUUGCAGACUUGUUGGCAGAACUCGCCGAUGAAAGAAGCACGAGUGAGUCAGCGUCCCAGCUGCUGGAGACAGAGACAUCUGAGAGACUCCGCCUCGAGAAGGACAUGAAGGACCUACAGGCUAAGUUUGACGCUGUGAAGAAGCAGUUAGAGGCACAAGAGAUGGAGGUGAUGGAGGCUCGGCUUAUGAAAUCAUCUGAAUUCAACGGGGAGAUGGACGACGAUGACGAUGCUGGAGGCGAGUGGCGGAUAAAAUACAACCGAGCCAUUCGUGAAAUGGAUUUUACAAAAAAGAAACUCCAACAGGACUUUGAUGACAAGCUGGAGACAGAGCAGCAGAGUAAAAGACAUCUGGAGAGAAGGCUGGCUGAUUUGCAGACAGAUAAUGAGGAUGUGCAGCGCUCUGUGCAGCAGCUAAAGAAGAAGUGCCAGAAACUGACGGCAGAGCUGCAGGACACCAAGCUGCACCUGGAGGGCCUGCAGAGCCGCAACCAUGAUCUGGAGAAGAAACAGAGGAAAUUUGACCUGGAGCAGAAUCAGGCUCAGGCUGAGGUGCAAAGAGAAAGGAGCCAGAGGGAGAAGCUUGCUCGAGAGAAAGACAUAAUGACCGGCGAGAUCUUUAACCUCCGCCAGCAGCUUCAGGACAAGGACGGUGAACUGUGCGCUGUGAAUAUGAAGGUGCAGCAGCUGGAAGCAGAGCUACAGGAUCUGUCGUCCCAGGAAUCCAAGGAUGAAGCCUCGCUGGCCAAGAUCAAGAAGCAGCUUCGCGACCUGGAGGCCAAGGUGAAAGACCAGGAGGAGGAGCUGGACGAACAGGCUGGAAGCAUCCAGAUGCUGGAACAGGCUAAGCUGCGGCUUGAGAUGGAAAUGGAGAGGCAGCGGCAGACCCAUUCAAAAGACAUUGAAAGUAAGGAUGAAGAAGUGGAGGAGAUUAGGAGGUCCUGCAGUAAGAAGCUGAAACAGAUGGAGGUGCAGCUGGAGGAGGAGUAUGAAGACAAGCAGAAAGUGUUGCGUGAAAGGAGAGAGCUGGAGUCCAAACUGCUGAAUGCCCAGGACCAGGUAGGCCAGAGGGACGUGGAGACGGAGAAGAGGCUGAAAAAAGACUUAAAGAGAACCAAAGUUCUGCUGGCGGAUGCACAGAUUAUGCUUGACCACCUGAAGAGCAACGCCCCGAGCAAGAGGGAGAUCGCCCAGCUCAAAAAUCAACUGGAGGAGUCAGAGUUCACCUGCGCUGCUGCAGUCAAGGCUCGGAAGAGCAUGGAGCUUGAAAUAGAGGACUUGCACAUCCAAAUGGAGGACGUGGCCAAAGCUAAGAUAUCACUGGAGGAGCAGGUCAGCCGCCUGCAGAGAGAGAAGAAUGACCUGCAGUCUCGUAUGGAAGAGGAUCAGGAGGACAUGAAUGAGCUGAUGAAGAAGCACAAAGCUGCUGUUGCCCAGUCUGCCAGGGACUUGAGCCAGAUCAGUGACCUGCAGGCCCAGCUGGAAGAAGCCACAAAGGAGAAGCAGGAGAUCCAAGAAAAGGUUCACUCCCUGCAGAGCCAGCUCGAGUUCCAGGAACAGUCCAUGGUGGAGAAGUCCCUCGUGUGCCGCCAGGAGGCCAAGAUCCGUGAGUUGGAGACCAAGCUGGAGUAUGAGAGGACACAGAUCAAACGAUUGGAGAGUCUUGUAGGUCGUCUGAAGGAGAACCUGGAGAAGAUGACGGAGGAGAAAAACCAACGCAUUGCAGCAGAAAACAGGGAGAAGGAGCAGAAUAAGCGAAUUCAGCGGCAGAUAAGAGACUUGAAAGAAGAAAUGACAGAGCUGUCCAAGAAGGAGUCCGAGGCCAGCCGGAAGAAGCACGAAUUGGAAAUGGACAUCGAGAGCUUAGAGGCGGCAAAUCAGAGCUUACAAGUGGACCUCAAGCUGGCAUUUAAGAGGAUAGGUGACCUGCAGGCGGCCAUAGAGGAUGAAAUGGAGAGUGAUGACAAUGACGACUUAGUCAACAGUUUACAAGACAUGGUGACAAAAUAUCAGAAACGAAAGAACAAAACUGGGGAUGACACAGAAACAGACUCAGAGGUAGAGGACCGUGUGGACGGAGUUAAGUCUUGGCUCUCGAAGAAUAAAGGCUCCGCAAAGACCACUUCAGAUGAGAGUAGUCUGAAGAGCGCCAGCCCUCCUGUGUGCCGUAAACAGCCGGGUCUUGGCAGAUCGGAUGAAGAGGACGAGGCAGAGAGAGACUCCAGCAGGCAGUCGCUGAGGCAGAGCGACAGUGAAGGUGCAUUGGCGGAGAGUGCUUCAUAACCCAAAACUCAGGUCACCUUGUGCUUUCAGUGACACCAGACAAACGGGUGGGACACGUCUUUUUGUCCACAACUUUAACACCACUUUUCAGCCUGUUAAGGGAGGCCCACUGCUUCCACAGGAGAGGAGAGAGAGGAACUACACUGAAUAUUGUUUCAAGAUAAUACAGCCUGAACUUCUUGAUUUGUUUUUAAUAAUAGCAGUGGACUGGAUUUUUAUUUAAUUUAAAAUUACAUAUUGUAUAAGUUCAUCAAAACAGUGAAGUGAAGCACUAUCAGAAGAACUUCCUGCUGCUUCUUAACUUCUAAGAGCUGCUUUUCAGGCAAAUUUAAGCUCUCCUUUGCACUCCGUGCUCACUCUUCACAUAGCUCUGCCAAGAGGAUUUAGAUAAGCCCGCUUCUCCAGGAACCUCUGACCAACUAUUAAGACUGUUCUUAUCUCAUCCUCCAUUACUGUGUACUGGCUCAGUGGGAGGAAUUAACCCAUUUUCAAUUAAUCAUCAUCCUGUAAGUUUGCGCUUGGCUCUUGUUCAAAGUUCAGAUAUCAAUCAUUUGAACAAAGUGAUGAUGAGUGAUCACGAAUGAUCAAAGUGAAAUGGUUUCUGGAAAAUAUAUGUAUUUAAAACA